UGGUCAUCUUCUCCAUUGUUUUUAAUCCUCUCUCCCCCGUCUUCGAGCAUCACGAUUUUGAUUCAAUCGAAGCUGAAAGCCUGACAAAAUCCUGUGCCCGGUCUCCGUUUUUGAGCUCCGAUCCGCAGGGAAGGGGAAGCUCGGAGCAAUGGCGGGCGGCUACAGAGCGGACGACGACUACGACUACUUGUUCAAGGUGGUGCUGAUCGGCGACUCCGGCGUCGGCAAAUCCAACCUCCUGUCCAGAUUCACGCGGAACGAGUUCAGCUUGGAGUCCAAGUCCACCAUCGGAGUCGAGUUCGCCACCCGGAGUAUCCGCGUCGACGACAAGGUCGUCAAGGCCCAGAUUUGGGACACCGCCGGCCAAGAGAGAUAUCGUGCAAUCACAAGCGCCUAUUACAGAGGAGCGGUUGGUGCAUUGCUUGUUUAUGAUGUCACAAGACAUGUCACCUUUGAGAAUGUCGAAAGAUGGUUGAAGGAGCUGCGGGACCACACGGACUCUAAUAUCGUGAUAAUGCUGGUAGGAAACAAGGCAGAUCUGAGGCACUUGCGUGCCGUUUCUACAGAGGACGCCAAGGCCUUUGCAGAAAGAGAGAGCACUUACUUCAUGGAGACUUCUGCCCUCGAGUCUAUGAAUGUAGAGAAUGCAUUCACCGAAGUGCUCACACAAAUAUACCAUGUCGUGAGUCGAAAAGCACUUGAUGUUGGGGACGAUCCAGCGGCCCUUCCCAAGGGACAAACUAUCAAUGUCGGCUCAAAGGAUGACGUGUCCGCAGUCAAGAAAGUUGGCUGUUGCUCCACUUGAAGUCAAGAGUAACAGUUUAAAGAUUUUGGGGAAUUCUUAUUGAAUCCUAAUCUGCUGCCUGGAGAAUUGGAAGAUGUUACGCGGGAAGUGAAGACCUUCUAUCUGACCUUGCACCACCAUCUCCAUGCAUGGCGAUGCUUAAGCUUUUGCCGGAUCAGUUUAAGUUUGAAGUCCAAGGAAACUGGAUGUUAGGGUUUCGUAUCUAUCAUUUGUUUCAGUUCCAGAUGCUUAAUUUUCUAUUCCCAUCCUGUAUUGAUUUGUUUGUUGGGCUCUCUAGUUUUUAAGCUGAAUAGGUCAUGUCACACAGGGAACUGUCUUCGGGCGAGUUUAAUCAUGUAUCUGUUUUACGAUUGUUGUUAUGAAUGUCGGAUCCUGAGAAGAUACAAGGAAACUUUCAUUUUGAACGACA